UCUCUGUGUUGUGUUUACGCGGCUCCUCGCGGGCACGUGAUCGCGGAAACGAUUUCUUCUCGAUCUCUCCCCGCUUUGUCCGCCGAUUAAUAACGAAUCAUACGUGUCUGUACAAUCGGACGUAACGGGACCGCGUUUACAUUUAAAUAACGGUUUACGGUGGGAAACCUAGAGCGGACCUCGCUGAAUUCUACGGGAAUCGUGCCGAGGAGGUUUUGCGCGCGUCUAACGUCACCGCGUCACGGCUCGUCUUUGUUUACAUCAUCAAUUUAAAUGCUUUUUCCCCGUUGUCUCGCGACGCAGAUCUUCGUGAGAGUGCCAAGAGAUUCGCGCGUCUGGUUUUUCAGCAUCCCGUAUGCGCGCGCUCGUAAUAGAAAGCAAACACGAGGUGACAAUCCUAGGAGGACUAAAUGAAUUCUCCGUCAAGUUCUACGGUCCACGAGGGACGCCUUACGAAGGUGGAAUAUGGAAGGUGAGGGUUCAUCUACCAGAACAUUACCCCUUCAAAUCCCCUUCGAUUGGUUUCAUGAACAAGGUCUACCAUCCCAACAUUGACGAAGUCUCAGGCACCGUGUGUCUAGACGUCAUAAACCAGGCUUGGACUGCCCUUUACGACUUGUCGAAUAUUUUCGAGUCUUUCCUGCCCCAGUUGUUAACAUAUCCCAAUCCAAUCGACCCCCUCAACGGCGACGCUGCCGCGAUGUAUCUUCACAAGCCGGAAGAGUACAAGAAGAAGGUAGCGGAUUACGUCAGGAAGUACGCGACGGAGGAGGCGCUGAGGGACCAGGAGAACGGCGGCACCGGCAACGGGAUGUCCUCCGACAGCGAGUCCUCGAUGAGCGACUUCAGCGAAGACGAGGCGCAGGACAUGGAGUUGUAACCAAAUAUAUUACCAUCCGUACCCAUAUCCUUAAUCAUCUCGAUUCCCCGUAAAAUUCCCGAUCGCUCGUCCUACUACCAAAUAGAUGCUUACACCCGAGACUCCGAGCCUCACCUUUGGUGACGGCGACGAGUCCGCUGAAAGACUCGUUGCUGCUCUCGUCGCCCGUGAUCAACGCAACGUCGGUUCAGGGCGAAGGGGACGUUUAAGGGGGGGGGGGCGACACAUGAUACACGGGAUAAUAUACGAGGGGCGACGAGAAGGGGCUGCUGAAUGGUCGAUCAUCUCCCUUUUGGCUUGACGAGAGCGAAAGUGACGCUUUCGGCGCUUUCGGAAACGAGAUGAAAGAAAAAACGGAGAAUCGCAUACAGGGCUCUAUUACUGCGCGCUCUUUUUCGCCGAGCGUACCGAGGGACGCUUUCGGUCACGACGACGUUCUUUCACGAUCGCCCGUGGACUCUACGGAGUUGUCCCGUUAAUCACCGUUCGAUCACCACGAUUACGAUGAUGAUGACGAAGAUGCGAUGCCGUCGACGCGUGACGAGCGACGACACGGACGAACCCGCGGUCUCUGUACAUGGAGUAGUCGAUUUAUCUCCUCCUCUCUCUCACUCUCUCUCUUUCUCUCUUGCCAAGUGAAGGAGAGAGAGAGAGAGAGAGAGAAGGAGAGAAGAGAGAAAAAGAGGAAGGACCACCAUCGCAGCUAUACAUGGGUUGUUAUUCGUUGGUCGACGCAAUAUCGAUUUUCGAAAUUGCGUCUAAAUGCCCUGGUAACUCUGGCAUCGAUCGCAGGCAUUGCGUCAUCCGCUGCGUGUAUCUAUGAUGCGUUUCUGUGUGAUUGAGGGGAGAGGGGGGGGGUGAGUUGAGGGGAGGAGUGCAAUUCGGAAACGGUAAACGUUAACAGCGAGAGACUACCAUGGAUAAUCUGUCCGUUUUCACGUUUCCCACCCCCCAAUUUGUGAGAUACUUUUGCUCUUCGUUUCUUCUCUCGUUAUUUCUUUCUUCCGAGCGCCGCGGGUUUAUUAUUCGUUCGCAAUGUGUUCAAAGACGCGCGAUCGAAAGGCAGCACGGUGGAGCAAGUUGGUGGAGAGAUGCGCCACGGGAAUUUCGAAUGACGAACUGACCGAUACGGUGUCACAGUGAUCGCCACAUUUUCUCCACAAUUAACUAACGACUCCUUUGCUGCUAUUUUAGACCUUUUCGGGCAGUAGCAUCUGAAAAGAAAAACAAAGAAGCUAUAUUUUUACAUUCGCCGUCGCUGUUCAUUUACUUCAUUCUUCGAGUUUGCGAAAAGGAUGUUAAAGGUUGUUUAGCGUAAAAACAAAAAGAGUAACAGAUAAAGAAGAAAGAAGCAAAUAAACGAGUUUGUCUUUGCCGCAAUAUUUUCCUUCCCCGCAGUCGAUCGAUCAGAAACCGGUGCGUAUGUCACGCGUCAGUUCACGGUUCUCCGGCUAAGGCAGGCAGGCAGGUCUUGCGUUUGUACGACAAUGAAACGUGGAAAAUGUGAUGGAGUAUGGGUACUAGCACCGUCUUCCUUUUUCCUGCCAUCACCAUUCCCAAAACGUUUCCCUCGUAGGGCAGCGCAUCACCGACCGAUCGCCACGUCGUCGUCAUCGUCGUCGUCAUCAUCAUCGCUAUCAUCGUCGUCGUUCUCUUCGAUGGCGAUGGAGAAAAAAUCGAAUCCGCCACGCAAACGGCCACACGAAGGUGAUGACACGAACGACGUUGGAACGACGAUGCAGCCGCCGUCGAAGACCGCGCGAUCGUGGAACUGCUGCCGGAGAACGAGCGCAAGCGGAGCUCCGAACACGUUUCAAGCAUCCUCGAUGUCCUGUCUCGAACUGCGCGCCGUACCGGGCGGACUAAGCGCGGAGGAGACGCAAGCGAACGAAGCUGCAGGACUAUCUUCUUCAUCGUGCGUCCGUCCUCGGGAUGUGAAUGUAGAUUUAGUUGAUGAUCCGGGUGGGUGCGGAUCGGGCGCGGACAUGGUGUUCGCCCGCGAAAGAUUUUAAGUCAAUUUACGCUAUUUUAAUCUCAUUGUUAUAAUUAUAGACCCAUUAUAGAUUUCAUUAUAUAGAUCAUUGUUACUAAAGAGGAGGACGUAUACAUUAAAUUGAAUUGGUUUGUUACGAUACUCGAGAGAUACCUUUCCUUUCUAACGACGAAAUCGGCAACAUCCUUGCGUAAAAAAAACAAACAAAAACGAGAGAAAGACAGUUACAUUUAUUUAACGAUUAUUUCUUUUUUGCACGGUCUACAGUUUAUGACUAUCUCGCGUAAUAGAACUAAAGGAAAUGAAAUCAAAGAUCUCAGGGAAUUUCCGUUUUGAGAAAUACAAAAAAGAAGCUAUGGUUGUGUGUCAUCUCUGAAACGAGGGGGAUAAAAAUUCGAUCCGUAGCGGAAGCAGACGGAGAACGCGUGGAAAGAACAAAAAAUUAAUCCGGUGGUGGUAUCAGCGAAUUCUGAUUCUCAAAAGAACCAAGUAGAGUUUGGUUAGAAUUGUUCGGCGGUGUUAGGGACAUUGUAAAAUUUGAGAACGUGAAAACAUGAAUUUCGAUGCACAAUAAUCUACGAUCGAUAGUAUCUCGUUUCAAAUUGAUCUCUCUCUCUCUCUCUCUCUCCUUUGCAUGAUUUACAUGUAUUGCAAUACGAUUAUAGCUAUACGUAAGUAUAGACGUUAUAUUUCAGUGCCUUCGCAGGCAGAAAAGCGUGCCUUAUUACAUGGGUCUCUCGUUAAAGAGCUGCAUUGGAACACAGUGAAUACGACGAGCACUUAGCGUUAACGGAUCUCUGCGAACAAGAUUGAUUGUUUUGAAAUAUUCCAGACUGAAGUCUGUCAAUUGUGCUUUUUCCUUUCGAGAUUAGGGAUGAACAUCGAAAGCAAUUACUAGCCUCAAUAAUCCUCCGAUGAUAAUCGAGAUGCAUAAAAAUGCUUGAGCAGAAGAGAGAAAACCGCAGAAUGGCGUAAAAAAGCAUCUCUUCGAUAAAUCGAUUAUCAUUGAUCAAUUAAUUGACUUUGACUAAAUUUGAUCGAUAUCUUUUUCUGGCGAGUUGAUAUAAUGAUGUCGUUUAUUUGUAGCUACAUUGUAUGAGCGCAUCGGUCGUAAAUAGAGCAAACUCAACAAUCAGAUUUAAAUGUUUGCAGCAAAAUAAAAGUUACGAUCGUCCACCCGUCGUAGACUUGCGAUUUUCGUUUUGCACAUUUGCGGCUACUAAUUUACGCUUGUUUCAUUUAUUUUUAUCUGUCGCUGAAGCUUAUUCAGAUUUUUAAUGCAACAGAAUUGUUUAUAUUUCUUAUUUUUCUUAAAAAUUAUUAUUAUGCGUAUCGCAGUUUUAAGUAAAGAGAAGCGGCUAAUAUAAUUUGCCUAGUGCUGUUUCCAUGCCUCGUACGAUUUAUUAUGAUUUAAGACGCACCUUUGUGAUUAAAUACACACUACCUAUUUCCCGCCGGAUUUGUUCCGUUAGCAACAACGUUGGCAUUGCAAUGUAUAUUUAACCGCUUAAAAAAUUUCUGUUAAAAUGUUAUUCUGUUAAAUAAGUAAAUAUCAUCGGAUAUGGCUUUUAUGUAACUCGUUCGAGAAUGGCGUUGCUCUCGCAGUUUUCUUUCAGUUCGUGCAAUUAUGUAAAAUGUUAUCUUCCCGCAGAAUUCGUGUAGUUACUCUUUAGUUUAUUCGUCCGUGUCAUAUUAUAUUCGUCUGCUGAUUUCGUGAAGAAUCUUACGAUAUCUUACGAUGCUUUUCUCGGUGUGCAAUCAACAAGUUAUGUUGGACGUACGUCGGAGAGAGAUGCACAGAUUUCGUUCAGGACAAAUAUACACUUAGAGUUUGUCAACCGUACUUAGAGAAAGAAAAAUCCCGUCGCUCUUUCAUUCAUCCGCCGCAUCUCUCCGCAGAACGCGUCACUUCUACUCUUACUUACUUGGUAUUUUUAUAAGUUAGUAGUAUAGUAGCUUUAACGCGUUUCGCGCUGACAUACUCAAUCCGUAGUGUCUCGUCGGCACUGUACUUUUAGACUCGAUUGAUCGAUUGAAAACCAAAAAUCAUCAUAUACAACGUGCGUUUUUCCUCUUCACAGACCAUGUCGAUUGAAUUUGCAGUCGUGCUCUCAGAUCUCACAUCGUUGCUAAUUGUAUAUGUAACAUAUAGGAUUAUUGACUAGUUAUACGCAUAAAUAUAUACAUACAUAUACAUAUAUACAUAUAUAUAUCUAUAUAUAUAUUAUUGAUUCAUAUUCGUAUAACUCUAUUAUGUAUAUGAUUUUACUAACGAAUUGUCCAACUAAGCGAAAGAACAGUUUUAAUAAUCAUUUUUUAUUUUUGUGCAAGCGUUGUUUGUUUCAACCUAGUAUCAACCGGUGGCUUGUCGAGGUUCCGUUUUAAUUGCUGCUUCAAUUCUUUUCUCGCGCUUUGCUCGUCCUUACAAUGAAGAUAAAAACAAUUCCUCGCUCUGCGGUAACACGAUGUAAAUCGAGAUUGGAUUGGACCGCGCGUUGACGCUUAGAUUUAAUACGAUAUCGAUAUUUUGUUCUAACGCAAGGAUCUAUUGCCUCUAUUGUGUUCAAACUCUUUUGUAAGAUUGAAUAACGUCUGAAAGCAUAUUUUUAUACAUGUAUUGCAAUGAUAUAUAAUAUAGCGAUAGUUGCAUGUUCAUUGUCCCAAAAUUGUCGAGUUCUCAUCGUUUGAUUUUCCCUUUUAAUCGCAAUGAGUACGAUCAUUUGUUCUCCGAGCAAUUGUUUCUCACGUGAAAAUCCACACUGCUUAAUUAAUUCCAUUAAUUCUGUGUCGAAUGUUUUUUUCUGAGUACAUACACGAGCAGUCGUACAUUUAAAGGAUGCAAAGGAGUCGUUGCGUUACACAGAGAACGAUUCGUAGCUGAGAUGACAAGCUGAGUCCUCCUGUUGAAACGAGAGAACUUGAAACUACGAUUAUUGUGAUCGAUCGGCUCUUUGAACAUUCCGCGUUCUUACUCACGCGUCAUGAAUCUUAUUCGCGAGAAUGUGAUACGUGCGAUGCAAGUUUGAGGAUCGCCGAGAGUGAUGCCACGUGUUUGCUAGAGUUACACGAGCAAUUCGCGGUCAAAGGGCGAGGAACUCGUCUUGCUCCGUUCGAUGGAACAUGCACGUUUCGAACACGGAGCUCUGCCGAUUUUGCGCCGCGCAACUCGCGAUUCUCGCGAAAAUCACAUACGUGCAGUCGCAACUGCGCAGGCGGAAAAGUGAUUCGCAGCCGGGUUUUCUCGUCGCCGGACGUUCGAUUCGCAGCGCUACGUGAAAUCUUGAAUUAAUGUCGGGAGAUAGAGGCCGAUUCGAGGGCGCUCGAGCGCGUUAUCGAAGACGAUUCUUCCGAACGCGCUCGUUCGAGAUUCCACACGAAUAAUGAAGCGGACAAGGAGAUAACGUACGACCGUUGUUUUCGUUCUGCCCGCGGAGCACGUUUCCUGAUUUCACGUUUUACGUUUUUCUUUUCUCUCUCUUUUUUUUUUCCUUUCGCGAGGUAUCAACUGAAUUAGAUAAUCGGGGAGGGAACGUACUGUGCGCGCACGCAUGCCUCCUCCGCUGUCAGAUAUUCUCGUCGGGACUGGGAAACAGCAAUAUUUUUGCUACUUGUACGUAAUUAAUUAAUAAAAUAUAUAUCGUCAAUGUUAAUGUCGCGGCUGCCGCGGCGCCGUCAAACGCGCGCGUUUGCAAUAAUGGUCGAUUACGAAAGUGUUAGAUUAAUGCCGAUCGAGUAGAUCAGUUUGCCGGACAACGAUGGCAACGAAGUUGCGCGCUUGCGGAUCGUGCUCUGAGGAUUUGGCAAUUGUUUAUCGCUCUCUCUCUCUCUCUCUCCCUCUCUCUCUCUUUUUCGAUUACAGUAAUCCGUUUUUGCUGCUUCGUCCGACCCGAAAUUGGACGGGCGAUCGGCCACUCCUUAAUCUCCCAACUUAGAUAAUCCAGCGAUAACAAUGAUCUAGACGUACGCAAAUUAGUCAGCGUGGAUGUCGAUAUUGUCGCAAAACGAUUGCGGAAUGAUCGAUCAACGUGAAGCGGCCAUCAGCGUAUCAAAACGUAAUUGAAACGUAAUUAUCCAUAUGGCAUAGAAGCUUGCAGCAACGUUGCUGCAAGCUUCUGUGCUGCAUGGAUACUGAUUCGGCGAUUCGAGUGCACGUUCCAAGCGUCCGUUAUCUCGCAACAUUCCGGUGAUAUACAGCAACGGUGAGACCAAAGCAGCCGUAGAAUUUCGCGCAAAAUAUUCCGUCGGUUUACGAGUUUCCCCGCGUACACGUUUACGAUGAUACGCCACGGCUCGCUUUGCGCGAUAUCGGCGUUCAAGCGCAAUGGAUGACUUCCACCGUGUGUUAUUACUGCUUUACGUUACUCAUCGAUCGUGCGCAAAAAAAAGGAAAAAGAAAAGAACUACACUUGACCGUUUCCACAUAGAUAAGCGAGACCAGUUUUAAAAUAAAUAAUUGCGCGGUGAGUCCGAUCACUCGUACCAUGCGAGAGAAAAAUAAUAAAAUGCCACGAGCAGGCGGGAUCGCGAAACGGGAGAAAAAACGAAUAUACGAUGUAAUUAAGUGCAAUUUAUGCCGAGGAGAGGACACGCUUCUCCCGAAGAGAUAAAAAAAUCUAUUGCUCGCUUAUGCAUCUGGAAAUGACAAUUCCACAUUUCAACUUCAAGUUGAACGAUGAUAGGGAGACUGACGCGAGGAGCAAGAUUGAAUGCAGGAAGAGGUACUUUCUUGGCGGUCCGCACUGCGCGAUGUACGUUCUGUAGCGAUUCAAUUAGAGAAACAGAAAAGACGAGGGCGAUCGAGUGUUCAUAGAAAUUUAUAUUACAUGCAGAUAAAGUGAGGAAAAAUAUCGAGGAGUCUAAUAAACGAAACAUAUGUGAACUGUGUUUUUUAAAUGUAUAAUUCUAGAGUGUAAAGUUUAUAUUUGUAUUGAUUUGUAACGAAUCAAAAUUACUGCAUAAAAUUUACUACAAGUACCAUAAUGCCAGCAAAACGGCGGCUAAUCCGGAGAUAUUUUGUACGUAAAGUAUCCGACUCGAAUGUGGCGCGAUUUUGAGAAGCUCUCGAGCUUCUCUCGCUGAAGACAUGCAAAAGACCACACAGACACGUUUGAAUAUUUUAUUUAUUACGAAUAUAUUAAUUAUUACGGUGAAACGAAAAGAGAAGAAAAAAAAAAACUAGAAAAGAAUGACAAUACAUUGAUAAUAUUAUAAUUAUACAAAUCUUCGUGUUUAAGUGUUAGUUUUUAAAUAAAGGAUGUCGUUGACCUGGCAAUAUUGCGAGUGGGCUACGUUCGGGCCGGAUAUUUUAUUAGAAUUAUUGUAUCGCGGGAAAUGAGACAAAACUGCACAUAUUACGUUAGAGAGACGUCGUUUGGUGCGCGCUGCGAAGAAACUGGAGGAUUGGGGUUCGGCGAUGCUCGCGAUCCUUUGAUCAGCUGCUUGAACACGAUGUUGAGACGAACUCUUUCGAUAUAAAUUUCGAUAUCGCUGAUAGAGCAAGCAGACCCUUUUCAAACGUAAUACACACACACACACACAAGAAACAAGAAACAAACACGUAGCGACGUACAUAAAGCUAAGGAGUUGUACUAACUCGUGGUAGUGACGACGAUCGUCAUUAACUCUGCAGUAACGUUACGUUCUCCCUAGUGGUUCCUAGUCACUGCCAUACUUGUUGACGACGAUGUAUCACGAAGAGCGUGACCGGAGAGCUGCUAACGAAAAUUUUUCUUGCCGAACAAUAUUGAAAAAGAAAAAAAAACCAGAGAAAAGAUGCACCUCUCAAAAUGUGUUCGAUUCGAGUUAUCUUAGCGACGAUUUCUCGGCGCCCGGAAAGGAGCCGCCGAAGAAAAUUGGCACAAAGACUGCUGUACUGCAGGGUUUACGGGGAAUCGACGAGAUAUUCGUUAAUUAACACUGGCGAAGUAAAGCUUUAUAAACUAACGUAGUGAUGACGAUAAUGGUGAUGAUAAUGAUGAUGGUCAUGAUGAAGAUGAUGAUGGUGAUGAUAAUGAUGAUGAUGGGGGUGAUGAUAAUGAUGAUGAUGAUGAUGGUGGUGGUGAUGAUAAUGAUGAAGAUGAAGAUGAGGAUGAGGAUGAUGAUAAUGAUAAUGAUGAUGAUAAAGUUUGGAACACUUGUUCGGAGGAUUUGUUUGGGAACCGUUUCUAUGUUCCAUGUACAAUCGUGAAGAUCGAAUUAUUGGUGUCUGUAGAGGUACAUAUAUUUUCUUACGGUAUAUGGUAAUUAGCUGCGCUGCUUCGGCUCGUGAAGGACCCGCUACCCUUAAAUUGGUCAUAGUGAAGGGGAAAAAAAGUAAAACGCAAAUUUCAUGCUGAAAUUCAAUUUGUGAGCAAGCGAGAUUUUACAGAUGACUAACGCGUUGUUAAUAAUACGACGAUAAAAUUGCUUAACGAAUUAUAUUCUUUAGCUUUACGAUGCUUAAACGCUUCAGCAUUGUCAAGUAUUUUGUAAAGUAAUUCAUACUCGCAUUUGUUAUUAUACUUGCAAAUGUUGAGUCAAUUUAAAUGAAAAUGUGUGUUUAUCUCUUGCUUAAACUUUCAUGUGACGGAUUAAUUAUAAAAUAUAAGAUAUUUAAAUCAAAUAAGAUUCUAAAAUGUCAUAGAAUAUGAAUGUUUUGGAAUACUUUGAAAAUUAAUUUCACUCGAAGAGCAAUAUUCAAUAUGGGAUACACUUUUAAUAAAAUUAACGAGAUUGGAGAAACUAUUAUUUUUCGAUCGCUAAGAGACAUCUUACAAGUAAUGAUAAAUGAGAAGAAUUCGCGUAAUAUUCAUUGUGAUGCAAUUGUAUAGCAAUUCGAAGCAGCAUAGGUUCUAGAAUUCUGCCGAAAAUAGAGAAGCUGCGUAAUAAUUCCAAAGGACGAAUUUAAGGGAACGGGCGCCUGAAAGCUAGAUGUAAAAUUUCCUUAGGGAUAUCUAUUGUUUCGAUGUAUGAAUCGUCUAUGUAAGAUGCUGGUAUCGUUAGUAAAAGAAACACAAAGAAAACUGUGUCGAUGAAAUGCGUAUGCCGAGAAAAAAGAUAUUCAUCUCGAUAAUCCGGCCUUUUUGGAAAAAACUGGAGAUCGCGGAAAAUAAGAGAAUAAUUCGACGACCUGGCGUUUAGACAAAUUUCCCGAAUCUGACCAAUCAUACAGAAUGUCUUUCUAGCACAUGAUGACGAUGAUUACGAACUCGCUGAAUCCACGUUCUCAUGGUUCAUGAACACAAUAAACAAUGACAAACAAUGAACAUUACGCUACUACAAAUAUUUAUUAUAAAUAAGAUAUAACAAAUAUAAAUAUAUUAUAUUGAAUUAACGAUUGAACAAGAUGCAAUUUUUUGGUACAAUAAAAUGAAAAGAACCAA